AUGCUCUCUGUAGCGUUGGACGACGCGGAAGCAUCUGCAACCUGCGAUGCAAAACUCACGCAGCAAGUGACAUCUCACGCGGUUGAUACUGGGGGUUCCCAAGAGCUCGUAGCGCCUGAUGUAUUUGACGAAAAAUAUCGCACGACCAAAUGGGAGAUCUGGGCCUAUUAUGCCUACUACAUUGGGAAUAACGGGCUCUCGCUAUUCAAUUUUGCUCCCACUGCCUUCCAGAACCUCCUCUACCAAGCCGCAGGCGACCAGGGAACCCUCCCCUUCGCAGGCCGCCAGCGCUCGAUCAACAGUAUCGUCCUCCUCAGCAACGGCAUCUCCUUCGCCACCCAGGUCGUUGUCUUCCUGGUGAUAGGCAGCUUCGCCGACUUCGGGACCUGGCGGCCUAACAUCCUAAUCGUCUUGUCAGUUAUCGCUUACGCCAUCGGCUUCGGCUGGUUGGGCGUCCACACGCAGGAGAGAUGGCACAUCGCGGUGGGAUUGUACAUUGUAGGACUGAUCGCGUAUCAGACGACACUGACGUUCUGGACGGCUGCGUUUCCGGGUCUGGCACGGAAUACGGCCGAGAUGAAAGAUCGUGCAGAUGCGUAUGUGGCCGGUAGGCUCUCGCGGGAGGAGUACGACAAUGCAGACACGAUGGCGCGCAGCAGGCUGGCCAACGUAGCGUUCUAUGUGCAGUCUGUGGCGGAGAUUGUGAUCCUCGCUGUCAUCGUGGGGAUCAUGUUCGGACUGAGGGUGGACGAGAGCCAGGCGAAUAAUAACUGGGGGUUGAGUGUGCUGAUUGCAUUUGCCUCGGGGGUGUGGCUGCUCGUCUCGCUGCCGUGGUUUGUCCUCGAGAAACGAAGGCCGGGGCAGGAUCCCGGACGGAACAUUAUCGUUGCGGGAUUGAGGCAGCUAUACCAUGCUGGAACGGAGGUGUGGAAACUCAAGCAGAGUCUACUGUAUCUCAUAGGAUAUUUCCUCCUCGGCGACUCACUCAACACAACAGUCACAGUGAUUGCGACAUUGCAGAAUAGCAUCGUUGCAUACAACACACUGGAACUGACAUAUCUCCUGAUUGCACUUGGCAUUUACGCCUUUUGGUUCAUCCAGAGGCGCUACAACCUCGGCACGAAGGCCAUGUUCAACGCUAUCGCAGUGGGAAUCAUCCUGCUUGACGGCUGGGGGAUGAUCGGCAUCUGGGCGCAGCGAUUCGGUUUCCACCAUGCUUGGGAGAUUUGGCUGUACCAAACCUUCUAUGGCCUGUUCGUCUGCCCCUGGUACAGCUACUCCCAGAUCAUGAUCUCGGAGGUCACGCCGCGUGGCCACGAGUUUCUGUUUUUCAGCUUGUUCAGCAUCAUCGGCAAGACGUCCUCGUUCAUUGGGCCGCUGGUCUCCAGUGCGAUCAUCGAUGCCUCGCCUUCGGGGAAUGUCUCGACGCCGUUUUAUUUCCUGUUCGCUUUGAGCGUGGUGAGUUUUGUGAUUUUGGUGCUUGGCGUUGACCUGGAGAAGAGUCGGAGAGAGCAGGAGGUUUUCCUGAGAGAGAAGGGUAGGAUGCCUGCUCCGCAGAGCUCAGUCAACAUGUGA